GCUAAAGUGUCUCUUUCUGCAGGCUUUCGCGCCAUCUAGUGGAGCGGAUGGACAGCGCAACUGCGCUUGCGAACUUUUCUGAGGGUCUUUCAGACGAAGUUGACUGUUAUUGGGAUUGAAAAUGUACUGUAAAUUACGACAGGUUUUGAGGUGUUUAUUGGCUUUAGUUCAUCGGGAGCGGUGUGAGUGUAAACGGUCAGGAGGCCUGAUGGUUGUCACGAGAGCGCUGUCUGAAUCUCCCGCGAUUUUAACCGUAUCUGCUGCUGGUGCUUGGUGUAAGAAAAUUUCUAAGUCUGCUUCGAAAGAGGCUAUAGACAGUCUUUCUUUAGAGGUCCCACCUUGUGAGUGUGUUCAUCAGGAAGAGCUUCAGAGGUUUACUGACAAUUUUGGGGCUUUGUUUUUUACCUGUUCUUUCCAUGUUGAAAAGCUACUAGUCAGUCAGUGGAGGCGGAACUGUCAAAGAUCCAAACAUUUCUGCACAGACUCAGUCUGGUUCAUGCGCAGUGGAGGACAGAAAGGAAGUAAAGCUUCAGCAAUGGAUCAUAGCAUUACUAUGGACACUGCUGCAUACGGACAGAAUCCAUUCUCUGUACGCUGUCUCCCGUCCUGUCCACAAAUGCACCCAGUAUUAGGAAACACACUGAGCUGUGUGCUUCCCACUGACAUGAUAGAGGCUGGACUGUGUGGGGAAAUGAGCAUGGCUACCAUGGCAACACUUGCUCCCUGUAUGGAUCUGUAUUCCAAUUGGCCCACUCGUCUCUCAUGCAUACGGAUGUUAGUGUACAGUCCAUGUGGCAUGCCUUUAAUGCAACAAACACAGACGAGUUUCCUUCAGAGUUUGGCUACUUCACUUUCCUGGGCAGAUCUCGGCCUUUCUAGAGUCUGUUGCAUGGAAGCACAAGACAUCCAGGGAUCUCUGUGUUCUGAUGUAGUAUUCUCUGUUGAGACUGACUGCAGCCAGGAAACAAGAUGUAGAAGUGCUGUACAGCAGGACAUUGAGUCAGAAUGGAGCCAUGCUGUAGAACAGACUCUGACUGUCUUUGUUUUCACUCAAUACACUGACCCCUUCCACUCCCAGAUCACAGACUUCAUAAGCAGUGAAGAGGUUUUUGAGAGACACUUGGAUGCAGUUCUUUGGUACAACGAAGAUCAAGUGAGAACGAUGCUGCAGACUACCAUGAAAAAGACGCUGAAAGGAUUUCAGCAAAAACAUGCUGCCAGGCAGAGGUUGGAUUCUGCCAUACCCAUUGUGUUGAGCUCAGUGAACAGUAUAAUUGCCAGCAGCAGCAGUAGAGAGUUUCGAAGAGCGUGUUUUGAUAGCAUGAAGGUCAAGAGCACCAGCGAGUUACAUGCCUCACUAAAGCAGUCUCUUCAAAGCAUCGUGGAUGGGCGCUUUACUCCAAGGCGCAGGUGUAAUAAGGAAAAGGUGGUGGAGGCUGUUAGCACUGAACAGAGUAGUCUUGACGGCUGGGAGGAAGAGUUUGAAAAUCCACCAGAACUGUCUUCUAAGAGGAUUCACUCUGAACUUCAAUACUCGAGCUUUACCCCUACGAAGAGACAAUGUUCAGAGAUGAUCUCUGAGAAUUCAGACACCUUCAUGAACAAUGUCUUUGAGGCAGCAAACAUCCAGAGAAAUUCCCUGUCCCCAAUACAGCUUCCUCAAAGUCAGCAAACCAGAAUGAUCGCAGACAAACCCUCAGUGCUGAGCCUGACUAACCUGAAAAAUGAACAGGAUAGAUGGGAUGUUUAUUUGAUUCUGUUUCUUAUCUUGUUAUUUAACAUCGGCUGUUUUAAUAAUUCUAGACUAGAUCUGGAAAUCAUUCCCAUUAUGCAACAUGUGAUAUACUCAAUAGGUUGGAAAAGUGGAGGAGGGGUGCACAAACUCUGGUUUAGCUUUCCAGAUUCCAGAGUCACGUCUUUAACGUGGACACAGGUCCAAUACUGUUCCACAUCAGACAGUGAUAAAAGUGGAUCUCCAGCGGGUCCUGUAGAGCCAAAGCCCACUGAGAAAGAACAAGCUGCACAGUCCUCUACAAAAACAGCUGGUAAUGAUUCUGUUCCAAAAACUCAAGGUCUGACGAAAGCAGAGAGCAUUCAAGUGAAAGUACGGGCUGUCCUGAAAAAAAAAAGGGAAUAUGGCACCAAAUACACCCAGAAUAAUUUUAUUACCACAGUUAGAUCUAUGAACGAGUUCUGCCUCAAACCCAGUGACCUUGAGCAGCUUAGAAAAAUCCGUCGACGUAGUCCCCAUGACGACACAGAAGCAUUCACCGUCUUCCUGCGAUCAGAUGUGGAGGCAACAGCUCUGGAUGUAUGGGGAAGUCAAGAGGCACUUGCUAGAGAGAGGAAUCUCAGGAAAGAGGUGGAAAAGGAGUACCAAGAAAACAUAUUUAGAAAUCAGAAGCUGUUGAAGGAGUACAAAGACUUCUGGGGGAACACGAAGGGCUUACUGUAUUUAGCAGGAUCUCUGGUGUCUGAAGGAGCUACUCUAUUGGUGGCCAUUAAUGAGAUCAAGAAGAGUGCACACGAACAAGGCUUGUCCUUUUAUGAAUACGUGAUGCAAAGUCGAGACCCCAGCACUAACGUGGUCCUGUUGGAGGAUGCUGCUGCUGUGCUCGGGGUGGUGCUGGCAGCUGGAUGUAUGGGACUAACGUCUCUCACAGGUAACCCCUACUAUGACAGUCUGGGUUCUCUGGGCGUAGGCACCCUGUUAGGAACGGUAUCUGCAUUCCUCAUCUACACUAACACAGAGGCUCUGCUGGGUCGCUCCAUCCAGGCCGAGCAUGUGCAGAAGCUCACAGAGUUUCUGGAAAGUGACCCUGCUGUCAGGGCGAUUCAUGAUGUCAAAGCCACAGAUAUGGGGCUGAGCAAAGUGCGCUUCAAGGCAGAGGUGGACUUUGAUGGCGGGGUGGUGACACGAUCAAACCUGGAGAAGCAAGACAUUGAACAGAUCCUCAAGUACGACAUUCAGCAGGUGAAGACGCCAGAGGAGCUGGAGAACUUUAUGUUGAAGCAUGGGGAGAACAUUAUUGACACCUUAGGAGCAGAGGUGGACCGUCUAGAGAAAGAACUUAAGGUAUCUGAGAAGACCACACUCAGGUUCUUAAUUGAUGUCUAUGGUUAUAUGAAGACCCUUUAACAAACAUGGAAGCUUUCUAUUGUACAAAAGGUUAUUUUUAGUGAAAAA